CCCGACUCUCCUUCUGACGUCAGAGUGAAGGGGUGGAGUCGGGGAGUAUAAAAGCCCGCCCCUGCGCCUGGUUCUUGAAUGAAGACUAAGAAGACACGCGCAGAAGAGGAUAAGGAUAAGGACUUUCUUCACCGUGUUUGAGGUUGUGUAUCUGAGGAGCUGUAUUUUGACCUCGCUGCUUUGGAUUAAAUCAAUUUUUGGUCUUUUUUUGUUUGGAUUGUCGAUUUUUUUUGUUUACCGGAUGCUAGCACCUGUGCGCAACUGGAAAAGUUUUGGCCAUGGCGCGUCUCCAUCUCCGUUUCCUCCUGCUGGCUCUGUCUCUCCUGCUGCCCCUGGUUGCCUCCUCGGGGUUGUUUGAGCUGAAGGUGCACUCUUUCAGCACCACACGCCGCUUCUGCAGGAGGACCCGAGACUGCAACAUCUUUUUCCGCAUCUGCCUCAAACACUCGGAGGAUGUGAUCUCAGCCGAGCCGCCCUGCACCUUCGGGACCGGGCAGACCGGAGUGAUGCGAGCCGAACCGGCAGCCAUCUCCAACAGCGCCGCCAUCCGAGUGCCCUUCCACUUCAAGUGGCCGGGAACUUUUUCUCUGGUUAUUGAAGCCUGGAACGCCGAGUCACCCAAAGAGCAUGCUGACCACACAGAGAACCAGAACAACCUGAUCAGCCGUUUAGCAACACGGCGGCGUUUAGCCAUCGGUGAGGACUGGUCUCAGGAUGUGCACUUCGGAGAACAGAGCGAGCUCCGCUACUCGUACCACGUGUUCUGUGACGAAUUCUACUAUGGAGACGCGUGUUCAGAUUACUGCAGGCCACGCGACGACACACUUGGCCACUACACAUGCGACGAAAACGGAAACAAACAGUGUCUGGAUGGCUGGCAGGGAGAAUACUGCUCAGAUCCCAUCUGCUCGGCGGACUGCAGCGAUCGUCACGGCUACUGUGAGGCCCCCGGUGAGUGUAAGUGUCGUCUGGGGUGGCAGGGCCCAUCCUGCAGCGAGUGUGUGCGCCACCCUGGCUGUCUGCAUGGCACCUGCACGCAGCCCUGGCAGUGUGUGUGUAAGGAAGGAUGGGGAGGUCUUUUCUGUAACCAGGACCUGAACUACUGCACCAACCACCGACCCUGCGCUAACGGAGCCACCUGCACCAACACGGGCCAGGGCAGCUACACCUGCACCUGCCGGCCGGGGUACGGAGGCACCGACUGUGAGCUGGAGAUCAACGAGUGUGACUGCAACCCCUGUAAGAAUGGCGGCAGCUGCAAUGAUCUGGAGAACGAUUACUCGUGCACAUGCCCUCAGGGCUUCUAUGGGAAAAACUGUGAGAUCAUAGCAAUGACGUGUGCUGAUGAUCCUUGCUUUAACGGAGGAACAUGUGAGGAACGUUUCACCGGAGGCUACGUGUGCCGCUGUCCCCCAGCCUACACGGGGUCCAACUGUGAGAAGAAGCUGGACCGCUGCAGCCACAAACCCUGUGCUAACGGUGGUGAGUGUGUGGACGUGGGCUCAGGGGUGCUGUGUCGGUGUCGUCCAGGAUUCGCCGGGCCGCGCUGCGCCGUCAAUGUGGACGAUUGUGCGCGUUCUCCGUGUCAGAACUCGGGCACGUGUGUGGACGGUGUAAACGACUACACAUGCUCGUGCACGCUCGGGUUCACCGGGAAGAACUGCAGCGUACGUGCCGAUGCCUGCCUCUCGCACGCCUGCCUGAACGGUGGUACCUGCUACACACACUUCUCAGGCCCAGUGUGCCAGUGUGUGCCUGGAUUCAUGGGUCCCAGCUGUGAGUUCCCCGUGCUGGACAGGGCCGGUCUGGAGCGGGCGGCGUCACGCAGCUCCAGAGGCUCCUCCCCUUCCACCGUGGCGGCGCUGUGUGUGUUGGGCGUGCUGGCAGCUUGCCUGGGUGUGUGCGUGGCUGUGGUGUUCCUGAGGCGCAGGAGGCAGCGUCUGCGCAGACAGCAGCUCUGCGACUCCGUCUUUAACGACCUCGAGACGGUCAACAAUCUCGACCGCCAGCACUACCCAUACGAACGCGAGUUCCUGUCCAGAGCUGUCAGUCAAGUGAAGCCGAGCAACACCGAGGCCAGGCUGAGCUGCUCACUGGCUCCCGGGCACACACUUCCUGCUGGGAGGGACUUCCUGUGGAGCGCCGGAGGGCCGGGGAUGAGAUAACAUUCACACUCACACACACAUAAAUAACACACACACACAUACAGGGACAUAGGAUCAGGAAACAAGUUUCUAACACGCACAAACUGAGUGAUGAAUGAAUGCGAUGUAAGCACUUCUGUUCCAUAAUUUGUUUUUACAGCGAAAAAAAAACGUGACACAAAAAUAGUGCUGACUGUUGGAGUUUAGGCUCCAAAAACCAAAAAAAAAUAAUGAAUAAACUAUAACUUAAAGUGUUAGAUUCGGUAUUAAUGGUGAUUGCUCCAGAAUUCAAAAUA